UGUGUGUUUGUUGCUUACUUGACUGCAGACGCGUCCUUAAAGUCGAUAAAACUUCUCCCUUGAGAAUCGAUUUGAACACUAUCCAAAUAAGAGGACAUACAUAUCAUACACAAGUGCUUACUAAGGCUUGAAUGAAGCAUAAUCUCGAGCAAGUUGACUAAAAUCAGGUUCUUUCUUGUAUAUACUUUUAGGGUGCAUAGCAAAUAAGAAGAAGAGGAAGAAAAUAUAUGUAGUCCUACUACGUCUUUUUUUUCUUGUUUUUUUCUGAUCAUGGGAGACGAUCUUUUGUUUGCAGAACAUAAUGACUUUAACUUUGAGUCAAAACUUAUUCGAAAUGACAGUAAAAACAUUUAUAAUCGUCUUCGAUCAAUAGUCGAUGAUGCUAGUUUUGUUAUGGAAGUAGCAGACAUGAUGUCAGAGUUAGCCUUGAUUGCCAACGAACGCUGUGGAUCAUGGUAUAUUGAUCGCACAAAGAAAAAAGCGUAUUCAGCUUACUUCAAAUCAACUGACGGCCAUAUGCAUAUGUGGGACUUUAACAUACGACGAAACAACCUUCACCUUAUCCCCAUGAUCACUCAACAUCAUGGCUGUAUCAUUGUAGACUCAACUCGGAAAGGCAAGAAAAUUCCAGACGCCUUAUCCAAAACGAUUCCCAUCUGGUGUGCUACGCUUAACCGAGCCUUGGCUAAGGGCAGGCCUGAUUGGGACACCCAGUUCCAUUCUUUACCCUCUGCUGUGUCGAGGUCAGAACAUGCUCAGAUUGAGGCCAGGAUAGAUAGUUUUGUAGACAAAUUAGUUCAGUCGAGUAUUGAUCUAGAGAGCUUGGAACAGCUCAAGAAACCAUUACGGCCUAUCUGGCUUACACCACAGUCUUAUGAUGCAUUGUCUCCUCCAGUAUUUGAUCAAGAAACCCCGUUUUAUCCAGUGAUUUGCUUGAGUGCAUCUGAGGCUGUGGCAUCAGGCUAUCAAUCAAGGCCCGGGUAUUUAUAUGUACAAGGUUCGGGUGACGAUCAAGAAGCUUGGUCUUUGGGCCUCACAUCUCUUUUAUUUUGGGAACAUCAUGCUACUAUUUUAGCCAAUGCAUCGACAUGCGAACAAGCUGUUCGAGACAUAGUAGCCUUGUCUCGUCAAGAAGCAACAAAACAAGAAGCCGAAUUUACGACUAUUCAACCUACACUUUUAGGUAUUGGCAAUCAUGCCAGUGGUCUAUGUUGGCAAGAUUUUGAUGUGAUCAUCAAUUGUUCUGAACAUGAACAUGCAGAAAACAAGGGUCGAGAAAACUAUUUACAUUUACCUGUUCCUGAAGGUAAAAAGGGCCAGAUUGUGUUUGGUUCGAGUAUUCAAAAGGCAAUUGAUUUUGUGAGAGAGCCUCUCUUGAACCAAAAGCGAAUCUUGGUGCAUGGUAGAACGGGCAAAGAUUAUGCAGUGGGUCUUUUGUUGUCCAUCUUGGUGUAUUUUUAUGACCUUCAAGGCCAAUGGGUAAGGGACACUAAGCCACGUGUGGACAAAAAGACAAUUCAGCAUCAAUUAGUUCGUAUUAUUGCCAACUGGGAUAAGGCUUCUCCUUCAAGAACGACUUUAAAAAGAGUCAAUACGUAUUUUAUGAGUCACUCUUGAUUUGACAUUCUUAAAACAACUAAUAAAAAUCAUGACGUUGAGUCUACGUUGUGCGUGCUACUUUGAUAGGAGCAUAUAGGAUUGUCGUUAGAAUCUCAAUAUUAGAAUUCACCGUGUGUGUGAAUAUCA